AUGUCGAGUGAUGAUAAAAAUAAACCUAGUGAACCCAAGAGUGAGCCCAAGCAAUGUGAUCCCAGGUGUGAACAAAGAUGUGACACUAAAUGCCAGCCCAGCUAUUUAAAGAAGCUGCUGCAACGCUGCUCUGAAAAGUGCCCACGGGAAAAGUGCCCACCACCACCAAAGUGCCCACCGUGUCCCUCGUUCCCCCCGGCAUGCCCCCCACCGUGCCCCCCACCGUGCCCUCCACUGUGUCCAUGCCCAGCUCCCUGCCCUCCCAAGCCAUGUGCCAAGCCCUGUCCUCCUAAAUGCCCAUCGCCCUGCCCACCCCCAGAGUGA